GUGUCACUCAUCUCCCCCCCGCCUCACCUUGAUAUUCACUCACAAACCACAUCGAUUUGCAGACAGCUACCACCACCAUGUCCGACAAAGUCCACACCAUCAACUCUGUCGGCGAGCUCGACGCCCUGCUCGCCAGUCACACCUACGUCGCCGUAGACUUCACCGCGACCUGGUGCGGACCCUGCAAGACCAUCAGCCCGGUCUUUGCCAACCUGGCCAAGACGCACGCCGUCGACUCGCACUUUGCUCUCGCCAAGGUCGACGUCGACGCUGUCCAGGAGGCGGCGCAGCGGUACCGCAUCAGCGCCAUGCCGACAUUCAUGUUCUUCAAGGAGGGGAAGCAGGUGGCCGUGAAUGGACAGGCCAUGAUCCGGGGCGCGGACCCCAGGGCCCUGGGCGCGGCCGUGGAGAAAGUGAGCGGCCUGGCUGCGAAGAGGGCCGCGGAAGCGUGAUGAGAAAUCAUGUCGCGAGAAAAAAAAUGAUCAUUUCGACGUUAUUACGCCGCCUCUAGCUGAUACCCCCAUUCCAUUCCUACAGACCGUUUCACCCGCCCCAACGCCGGCGCAGAGAUCAAUAAACCAAAAAAAAAAAAAAAAAAAAAAA